AUUAAAACUAUGAGAAGGCUCGAAUGGUAUCACGACACGUUAACUGACCGAACCUUAUUGCCUAUAAAACCGAUAACAAAGUGAUCCACAUCGAUCCAAUCUCCUGCUACGCACAAACACAAGACUACAAGAGUGCACUCAUAAUCUCAGCCACAACAUAAACACCAUGGUCAAAGCAAUUACAGUUUAUGAGCACGGCGGGCCUGAGGUGUUGAAAUGGGAAGAUGUUGAAGUUCCAGAUCCAAAAGAGGGAGAAAUCAGGUUGAAGCAAAAGGCGAUUGGUCUAAAUUACCUGGAUGUGUACAUGCGUCAAGGCCGGCACCCUCAAUCUGUACCGUUUACUCCAGGUGUGGAAGGAGCGGGAAUUGUAACAGCGGUGGGUCCCGGAGUAACCAGCUGCAAAGUUGGAGAUGUUGUGGCUUACGCUGGCACGCAGAGGCUGGUGGGUUCUUAUGCCGAAGAGAGAAUUCUUCCUGCAGAUCACGCGGUGCCAGUUCCUUCCUCUAUUGAUCCCGUUGAAGCAGCUGCCGUCAUUUUUAAGGGACUCACUGCAUAUGUCAUGAUCCAUCGAGCCUUUAAGGUUGAACCUGGACAUACAAUCCUGGUACAUGCGGCGGCAGGUGGAGUCGGAUAUUUGAUCUGUCAAUGGGCAAGAGCGAUCGGAGCCACCGUGAUCGGAACAGUGUCUACCAAGGAGAAGGCUGUGCAGGCGAAAGAAGAUGGAUGUGAGCAUGUGAUUCUUUACAAAGAUGAGGACUUUGUGGAACGUGUGAUGGAAAUAACAUCAGGCAAAGGGGUGGAUGUUGUCUACGAUUCCGUUGGGAAAGAUACCUUUAAUGGAUCAUUGGAGUGCUUAAAAACGCGAGGAUACUUGGUGGUUUAUGGGGCUGCAUCAGGUCAACCAGAGCCGAUAAGUGUGACUAAACUCGCACCCAAAUCCAUCUAUCUUACAUUUGCAUCACUCGGGGAAUACAUCGGAGGUAAUCGAGAGCAUCUGCUUAUAGCUGCUGAAGCCUUGUAUUCUAAUGUUGCAAAGGGAGUCUUGAAGGUUCGUCUUAAUCAUAAGUAUCCUCUUUCUCAAGCAACCCAAGCUCACAUUGCUCUUGAGAGUCGAAAAACAACGGGUUCGGUUGUGUUGAUCCCAGAUGAGGAGUGAUUCCCUUCAUGUUGUCUGUUAUAGAUGUAUUUAUCUUUUGUUAUUUGUGUCCAUGUGAUUCUCUUGUUCUUUUUGAACUUAUUACGAUUAAUAAAUAAUUAACCCAAGCUGCAUAGAACUAAAAGUAAAAGACUUUUAGAUUGUGGCAUGAAUUAUUGGUCCA